AUGCCACGACCCGGGGUAGUGGCGGUGAUCACACUGACAGUGCUGGCGAUGGCGACUUUCUGUGCAUGUUCGAGGACGCGCAGAUAUGAACGGUUGAGUCGCGGCGUCAAGCUGUUUCCGGAACAAGUGGGGAAAAUGGUUCAUGUGGCAAAUGAACUGCAGUGCGCGAUCGCCGCCGCGCAGAGAGACCUGGAGGUGUUCGGCGCCCACAUGUCUGCGGGCGGCGCGGAGUGCGCUCUCGCCGCCCCGGGCAUCUCGGGGCCCCUAGACCUCGAGACCGUUCCGGACCCUUCCUUCAGCGUGUGGAUCGCGCAGGGCUUCUAUGCAGUGGAGACAACGACAACCACGUCUACCUCUACGACCACCACCGGACCUACUACCACAACAGGGCCGACCACCUCGCCCUCGCCGUGGGCUCUUCUCGACCCCGGCCACUCCAUGAUCCUCCCAGAAAACCCGAACUGUGUGGACCUGAAGGGCGGAAUCACCCAGACAGAGAUAUCCGACAUUCUUUCCGCCCACAACAACUAUCGUGCGCAGGUGGCCAGGGGCGAGGAGUCCAGGGGGAACCCGGGGCCGCAACCCAACGCUACCAACAUUCGCGAAAUAGUCUGGAGUGCCGAACUGGCCAUGAUUGCACAGGCUUGGGCUGCGCAGUGUCCAACCAUGAAUGACUGCCAGACCUGCCGCAUAACUUCCACCUACAACUACGUGGGGCAGAACAUGUUCACGUCCUAUUCUUUCGAUUCCAAUCCGGCAUGGAAUGCAGCAGUAACGAAGUGGUAUGAUAACGUAGUCGAUUUCCCCAACACAUACGUAUCGUCAUUCGCAAGCGCCGGCAUGGCAGGAGGUUACACACAAGUUCUGUAUCGACAGCAUCAUAAGGGUAAAGAUAAGACUCUCAAUGGACCCGAAAUUUUCGUCUGCACGGUGGUAUGGGCCGAGACUCUGGAGGUGGGCUGUGGAGGGGUGCAUAUCCAAGGCUCUAUGUAUAUUGAGAAGUACUACGUGUGCAACUACGGCCCUUCUGGAAACUUCAUGGGCUGGCCUGUGUAUGAGGCCGGUGCCACUGCUUCUGCCUGCCCUGCGGGAACAUCCAGUACUUAUCCUGAUCUUUGCGCAUAG